CUAUCAUUCAGGUAGAUGCCCUUCAGGAGGCGGAUCUUUUGGCUACAAAUAGUGCUCGAAGUUGAUCUCAACGGACAAACAAGAUCAGAUUCGAUAAUACCAUCACUUUUCAAUCCAUUAUACACCAAUUCGCAGCCAGACACUCCAAAUCAACCAUGCAUCUUCAACAGUACACGACCAAGGCAGUUGUUACCUCCUUGCUGGGCGCUUCUAGCUUGGUUUUCGCAAAUCCUUUUAAAGCUCGCGCGGAUACUGGCUUCUCGACCGGCUUUAGACUCAUCGCGACCGUCGUUGGCCCCACCAAGCACCUCACCGUUCCUAUUCAGGGAGCGGCACUAGAGGGGGCCCACGUCGGUGCUGGUCUUAACACGGCUGUCCUCAAUGUUACUGACCCAGGCCGAAUUUUCUACCUAAACGGUACAGCUGAAGAUGUUCGUACCGGAAAGACCAACAUAGUCACUGACGGUGGUACUCCGCUUUACCCCUACGGAAUCGGCGUCUCCCUAAACGAAACCGAUUCUAACUCACCAGUCGUGGCCUCCAUUAACGGCGGCAGCGGCACUGUAGGCGUAUCGCUAGAAACCGACAAGACGAGCCCUGCACCUGGCAUACUACACUUCGGCACCGCUAGCUUCAUGGCAUGCGACGAGUCUCUCCCGUACUAUGGUCCAUCACGGAAAUUCGCCGUCCUGAAGACGUUUGAGACGUCCCAGCAUCAUACCGCCGUGAUCCCCGAGAACUGUGUCGAGGUCAACUUGCACCCGCUUUGCGCCGCUCUCCCAGACCUACCCGCCGGCAGCCACACGAGUCACGAAUUCGCGAACAAGGUCUCUUGUUUUGAAAACCUUGCCGAUAUCAAAUAAGCUUGACUAUUGGUAUGGAUGGGUGUAACUUUCGAGUUGUUGGGAUUGGAAAAGUUAGCUGUAUAGAACGGAUGCAUUUCGUUUGUUCUGUUGGUUUCGCAUAGACGUUGGCGAGGUGAUG